UUUCCUCUUCUUCUUCUCCUUCUCAUUGGUCAGUUUACAUUUGAGGCAAAUAACGUUUACACAAACUGAUUUGUUUAAGUAUAAAAACUUGAUCAUAAAAUGAAUUUUAUUCUCACACACACACGCACACACACACACAAAGCAAACAAACAACCAUAACAACAUACUACUGAAAUCUUUAUCAACUGAGACUAAACGAAGCUGCUUAUUGUUUCCUUUUUUCUCCUACAAUAAAUAUAUAUAAAUAAUUUAAUCAUUUUAAUUAUUUCAAAACAAAAAGCUUGAACAUAAUUUAAUAUGAAAUACACGUUGAUUAGUAUGAUUUCUAUGUUGACAUUCAUUGUUCUGUUUACAAUUCAAUUACAAUCAAUGAAAAUUAUUAUGCAAGAAGCAUCAUUUAUCCAGUCUUACUAUAUCAUACAUCAUAAUCAUAAUUAUGAAAAUUUCAUUCUAACUAGUGAAUGCUGUCAUGAUGAAGCAUUUUCAGAUGCCGAAAGUCCUGAUGAUUUAAAUUUUGAAAAGAGAGCUUAUCAUUUCUUUCGACUGAAAAAAUCAGAACGAUGUCUACGUAUUCCAGAUAGUGUUAAACAAAUGAUACUUAGAGAACCUUAUAUUGUAUGCCCAGAAGAUCGUGAAUUUCUUGGAUUAUAG